ACUUCCGGCCGCGGCGGCCGUCUAGUUUCCGCGGGGAUCCGGCCGGCCUUCCAGGAAUGGAACCAAAGUGGGACUUUUAAAAUGUUGCCGUGUAAAAAGAGAAGGACAGUGACAGAGUCCGUGCAGGAGAAGGAUGAUCAGGGAGAAGAUGACUUAGAGUCUGCUGUUAAACCAGAACCUGAUGACGUUAAGGACUUGGGGCCAGCAUCACUGUCCUGGAGUCCAAGUCACGGCCAUGCUGAGGGCCCCGAAGUUCAAUCCCUGCCACUUGCUGACAACCAGCUUGGUGUGGAGGAGGCAUCGUUGAGCUGUAGCAUACUCACCCAACACACACAUUUACCCGUUUUGGAAGCUGUUGACGUAGCCAUCUCUCAGGGACUUAUUCUUCCUUCCUUGGAGUCUUCUCAUCCCCAUGAUACACACACUGAGAAAGGAAAACUUCCGGCCACUCCCUCACGGAGAGGGAAAAAAGUUGUCUUCAAGGCCAGCCUGCUGGCUGAAGACAGAGGCGAUCAUCCUGUCUUACAAGAGCCUUCAGGAGAUAGUGAGGACAUCAUUGGAGAAGGAGGCAAACCUCAAAUGUAUUCUGAAGAGGACUUAGCACUCCUGCCUUCAGACAGUCAGUCUGCACCACGAGAGCAGCCUAGGACACCAUCCCAGCCAGAGGCUUAUGACUCUCCUCAAGAAACGGCACUCAGCUCUGUGGCCCACCAAGCGGAAGAAGAGACUGAGGAUGGAGGACUCUUUAUUCCAAUGGAAGAGCAAGACAGUGAGGAAUGUGAGAAAAGAAAUAAAAAGAAAAAGGGUACCAAGAGGAAACGGGAUGGAAAGAGUCAAGAACAAGGGGCCUUGGCAUAUGACCUCAAACUGGAUGACAUACUUGAUCGGACACUGGAGGAUGGUGCCAAGCAGCACAACCUGACGGCAGUCAACGUGCGGAACAUCCUUCACGAAGUCAUCACAAACGAACACGUGGUAGCCAUGAUGAAAGCAGCCAUCAGUGAGACGGAAGACAUGCCACUGUUCGAGCCAAAAAUGACACGUUCUAAACUGAAGGAAGUAGUGGAGAAAGGAGUGGUUAUUCCAACCUGGAAUAUCUCACCAAUUAAGAAAGCCAAUGAAAUUAAGCCUCCACAGUUUGUAGAUAUCCACCUUGAAGAAGAUGACUCUUCAGAUGAAGAGUACCAACCCGAUGAGGAAGAGGAAGAUGAGACUGCUGAGGAGAGCCUACUGGAAAGUGACGUUGAAAGUACUGCUUCUUCUCCCCGAGGGGCCAAGAGGUGCAGACUGAAGCAGUCUUCUGAAACGGCUGAAACCGAUGAGGAGAGCAGCACCUUGUCAGAGGCUGAGAAAGUCACCACACCCGCCACCAGGCACAUUAGUGCUGAGGUCGUGCCCAUGGGACCCCCACCCCCUCCGAAGCCCAAGCCGACCAAGGAUAGCACUUUCAUGGAGAAGCUACAUGCUGUGGAUGAAGAGCUGGCCUCCAGUCCUGUCUGCAUGGAUUCUUUCCAGCCUAUGGAUGACAGUCUCAUUGCAUUCCGAACUCGUUCUAAGAUGCCUCUGAAAGAUGUUCCCCUUGGCCAACUAGAAGCAGAGCUUCAAGCUCCAGACAUCACCCCAGAUAUGUACGACCCCAAUACAGCUGAUGACGAGGAAUGGAAGGUGUGGCUGGGAGGGCUCAUCAGUGGUGACGUGGGAAAUGAAGAUGAAGCGGAUGACGACGACGACCCGGAGUACAACUUCCUGGACGACCCUGAUGAGCCAGACACCGAGGACUUCCGCACGGACCGCGCCGUGCGCAUCACCAAAAAGGAAGUGAAUGGACUGAUGGAAGAGCUGUUUGAAACUUUCCAAGAUGAGAUGGGAUUCUCCAAUAUGGAAGAUGAUGGCCCAGAGGAAGAGGAGCGUGUGGCUGAGUCUCGGCCUAAUUUUAACACCCCUCAAGCCCUAAGGUUUGAGGAACCAUUGGCCAACUUGUUAAAUGAACGGCACCGCACAGUGAAGGAGCUACUUGAGCAGCUGAAACUGAAGAAGUCGUCAGCCAGGCAGCAGUCCGACGCAGAGAAGCUCCAGCCUCAGAAGGAAAAAUCCCAUCAGAGUCUCAUUGUGGACCCAGCACAGAGGAGCAGACUGCAGCAGCAGAUGCAGCAGCAUGUUCAGCUCUUGACACAAAUCUACCUUCUCACCUCCUCCAAUCCCAGCCUCAGUUCGGAGGCCAACACCACCAGGAUAUUUCUUAAAGAGCUGGGAACCUUUGCUGACUACUCCAUUGCACUUCACCAGCAGUUCAACCCCAAGUUUCAGACCUUAUUCCAACCCUGUAAUUGGAUGGAAGCCAUGCAGCUUAUUGAAGACUUCAACACACAUGUCAGCAUUGACUGGAGUCCAUGUAAAACAGUCAAGAAGACUGCCAGUGAAUUCCCCUGUUUGCCAAAGCAAGUGGCUUGGAUCCUGGCCACAAGCAAAGUUUUCAUGUAUCCAGAGCUCCUUCCAAUAUGUUCCCUGAAGGCCACGAACCCUCAGGACAAGAUCAUUUUCACCAAGGCUGAGGACAAUUUGUUGGCUUUAGGACUGAAACAUUUUGAAGGAACUGAACUUCCCAAGCCCCUAAUCAGCAAGUACCUUGUAACCUGCAAGACUGCCCACCAGCUGACAGUGCGAAUCAAGAACCUCAACAUGAACAGAGCCCCUAACAACAUCAUUAAAUUUUAUAAGAAGACCAAACAGCUGCCAGUCCUAGUAAGAUGCUGUGAAGAGAUCCAACCACAUCAGUGGAAGCCUCCUGUAGAGAGAGAAGAACACCGGCUCCCAUUCUGGUUAAAGGCCAGCCUGCAGUCCAUCCAAGAGGAAGCACGCCGCCUUGCUGACGGUGCGAGAGCAGUAGCUAAGGAGAGUGGGAGUGGUGGCAUCGGCACAGGCCAGGACAGGGAGGAAGCCAGCCCAGAGCUGAGCAGUGGCACUCGGUACCCCCUGUUGUUGCCCAAGGGCGUAGUUCUGAAACUGAAGCCAGUUUCCAAGCGUUUCUCCAGGAAAGCUUGGAGACAGAAGAGGCCAUCGGUGCAGAAGCCCCUCCUUAUCCAACCCAGCCCCUCUCUCCAGCCUAGUUUCAACCCUGGGAAAAUACCAGCCUGGUCAACGCAUUCAGAAGUCUCUCCAAGCAACAUGGUUGUCCAGAUUCCGCACCUGAUCCAGCCAGCCCCUGUUUUACAGACAGUUCCCAUGGGGGUCAGCGGGGGAGACAUUUCUGAGGCUCCUACAGCACUGCCUGCUGUGCCCCCAGGCUCUGAAGCCAGGACUCGCAUCCCCCUGUCUGACUCUCAGGCCCCGCGCCCUUCUGCCCCUGCACCCUCUGUGCCCAAGGUCCUCUUGCCUUCACUUGGUCCCUCUAAGUUCCGAAAGCCUUAUGUGAGGCGGAAACCUUGCAGAAGAAGAGGGACCAAAGCCUCUCCCUGUCUGAAACCAGCUCCCAUCAUUCACCCCACACCCGUUAUCUUUACUGUUCCCGCCACCACUGUGAAGGUCGUGAGCCUGGCCAGCGGCUGUAAUGUGAUUCAGCCUGUCAGUGCAGCUGUGGCCCCAAACCCGCAGACCAUUCCUAUCACCACUCUUCUGGUCAAUCCUACGUCAUUCUCCUGUCCGUUAAACCAACCCCUUGUGGCCUCCUCCAUCUCACCCUUAAUUGUUUCUGGUAAUUCCUUGAGCCUUCCCGUGCCAUCCACCCCUGAAGAAAAGGCCGAAGUGAACAUGGACAUUGCUUGUUCUUUGGCUGAAGGGAAAAAUGCCUUGCAAGGCUCUGAACCCAAAUCAGAAGCCCAAGAACUAACUCCUCUCUGUGCUGGUGCCAUCUUCCCCAAGGAGGAGCCCAGCCCCGGGCAUGUAGCAGCGCCCCCAGAGAGCCAGCGAGGGCCGCCUGAGAGCAGCGCCCGCAGCUGGACGCUUGUGAAAGCAGAAGGCCAGGAAGGGUUGUCGGAGUCGAGCGCAUGUCGCUGGACCCUGGUGAAAGCGGAGGAGGGAAGUCAAGCUCCAGAGCCAAUGCCGCGGGGCUCCCAGGACUCUCUGAACUCCCCGCCCGGUGCGUUGGAGGAGCCGGUAAAGCUGGAGCCCGAGGAGCGCGCUGAGGGCCUCUCCAGCAGCGGCGCAGAGCGGGCCGAGCUCAAGGAGGAGCUGUGCGCGGAGCGGGCCAGCACGCCUGCGGAGGGCCUGCCCUCGGAGCACGAGCGGGGCCGGCUGGCCAUCAGCCCUGCAGCUGCCCGGGAGCCUGCUGAGGAGGGGGAUGCCGGUGGGGGCUUGAGCAAGGGCCUGCUAAGGACUGCUCCAGCGGCCGGCGACCCCGACACGGUGCUCAGCAGGCCCCCAGGGAAGCCAGAAGAGCCAGCAGGGCCAGAAGCUGGAGGAGAGAAGGAUGGGCCCGAGGAAGAAGAGGAGGAGGACUUCGACGACCUCACGCAGGAUGAGGAAGAUGAGAUGUCGUCAGCUUCUGAGGAAUCUGUACUUUCUGUCCCCGAGCUCCAGGAGACAAUGGAGAAACUGACGUGGCUGGCAUCUGAAAGACGCAUGAGCCAGGAAGGUGAGUCUGAGGAAGAGAACUCCCAGGAGGAGAACUCUGAGCCAGAAGAAGAGGAGGAAGAGGAAGCAGAAGGGAUAGAAAACCUGCAGAAGGAGGAUGAAAUGAUUGAUGGAGCAGCUGGAGACACUGCCGCAAAGCCCCCUUCCAGCCUGGCCACCCCCAGCACAGCCGCAGAAGUUGAGAGCAGCAGAGCCCCACCAGGAGAGAGCACCAAAGCUUCUGGGAAGGGCCGGAGCAGUUACCGUGCUCGGAACAAGCGGGGCAGCCGGGCUCGGGCGAGCAAGGACGCGUCGAAGCUGCUGCUGCUGUACGACGAGGACAUUCUUGAGCGGGACCCCCUCCGAGAGCAGAAGGACCUGGCUUUCGCCCAGGCUUACCUAACGAGGGUCCGAGAAGCCUUACAGCAUGUCCCUGGCAAGUAUGAAGACUUCCUUCAGGUCAUCUAUGAAUUUGAGUCAAGUACACAGAGGCAGACUGCUAUGGAGCUCUACAAAAGUUUGCAAAUCCUGCUCCAAGACUGGCCUCAGCUGUUGAAAGACUUUGCUGCUUUCCUGUUACCUGAGCAAGCUCUUGCCUGUGGAUUAUUUGAGGAGCAACAGGCUUUUGAGAAAAGUCGCAAGUUCCUUCGGCAGCUGGAGAUUUGCUUUGCAGAGAACCCAUCACAUCAUCAAAAGAUUAUCAAGGUCCUUCAGGGCUGUUCAGACUGCCUUCCACAAGAGAUCACAGAGCUCAGGACCCAGAUGUGGCAGCUGCUUAAGGGCCACGAUCACCUGCAGGAUGAAUUCUCCAUCUUCUUUGAUCACCUGCGCCCUGCAGCCAGCCGGAUGGGUGACUUUGAGGAGAUCAACUGGACUGAAGAGAAAGAGUAUGAGUUUGAUGGCUUUGAGGAAGUGGCACUUCCUGAUGUGGAAGAAGAAGAAGAACCAUCCAAGAUUCCCACUGCCUCAAAGAGCAAAAGGAGGAAAGAAAUUGGAGUCCAACACCAUGACAAGGAGCCGGAGUGGCCUGAGGGGGCCAAGGACUGUUCCUGUUCCUGCCACGAAGGAGGUCCUGACUCCAGGCUGAAGAAGAGCAAGAGGAGAAAUUGUAGCCACUGUAGCAGCAAGGUCUGUGACAGCAAAUCCUACAAGAGCAAGGAUCCCCAUGAAUUGGUGGGUAGCAGCCCCUACCCAGAGGCCAGUCCUAUGCCUGGCACCAAAGAAGCAGGGCAAGGCAAGGACCUGGUGGAGGAGGAAGCCCUGGAGGAGCAGGAGAAUGGAGCCGCCCAGAGCAGGACUGGUAGGACCUCCAGAAAGGGAGAAACGCCCCUUCCAGGGUCGGUGGUGGGGACUGUGUUGUCUUCCCCAGAAGUGGCUCUCAUGGAGCAGCUCCUCCAGGGCCUCCCACCUUGCUCACCUGAGAUUCCUGCCUGCUCCAGUGCAGCCCCCAGACCUCCCGCAGAGGCGGUGGCCCCAAUGGACGCUUCUGAGCUGCUCCCAGAUACAGCAGCAACCAAGAAACCGCCCAGUGCCAUGGAGCCCCCCGCCUCCUUAAGGACCAGAGACAUGGGGAAACAACAUGCAUCUGGAAAAGCAGAGUGCAGAGCUGAGGCAGAGAUGACUGGCAAGACGUCCCCAUCCGUUGAUACUUUAGAGCCUGCUCCUCAGGCUGCCAGAGGGGCUGUGACCAAAGGCAGUGGAGUACAUGGCAAGGCCCCAGAGUGGGAGCAGCAGCCAAAGGCCACAGAAGCUACAGUGUGUGCCAACAACAGCAAGGUCAGCUCCACUGGGGAGAAAGUCGUGCUGUGGACCAGGGAAGCUGACCGAGUGAUUCUUACCAUGUGCCAGGAACAAGGAGCGCAGCCACAGACCUUUGGUGUCAUCUCUCAGCAGCUGGGAAAUAAGACCCCGGCUGAGGUUUCCCACCGCUUCCGAGAACUCAUGCAGCUUUUCCACACGGCCUGUGAGGCCAGCUCGGAGGAGGAAGACGACGCCACCAGCACUAGCAACGCAGACCAGCUGUCUGACCGCGGGGACCUUUUGUCUGACGAGGAGCUGGAUGAGUGAGACUCUGGGGAGGUGUGGGGACACAUGUGCUAGGGAGAGGCACUAGCUCACCCGUGCACACCUUCAGCUCUGCCUGCACAGUGAGGACAAGGACAGAGUGAGGGUGGAGAUCUCGCCACAUCCUAUUUCUUGCUCAGGAUCUUGUGAGGACCUUAUAAGUCCACUCUCUGCGGCACUGGGGGAGGCGGGGCUUGGCGUUCUGUUGUCCUUUUCUGUCUGUCUGCUGGUAUUUAUUGCUCUGUGUGUGCAGUUGUAAAUGCCUGUGUCAUGUACUUAGUCCCAAGACACUGAGGCUGUGCUGCCCGGCUCCUGCACCCAGCAGCUUUUAUUGAAAAGUAGCUCUCCCUGGGCCCAGAACUUCAGUCUGAGAGGCUUUCGCCUUCCCGGUAAUGGUGGGCCAGGCUGUGCAGCUCCUGCAGCAGCUCCUCCUUAUCGUCCUGCUCCACUCCCGCGUCCAAGAAGCUGGCCCAGCGCCGCAGGUCCAGUCUGCUUAGCUCUUCAGCUAAGCUUCUCAGGGUCCGGAACAUGGAUGAAGAAGAACGCAGGGCACCAAACACUGGAAUGUUCUGCACUGCUACAGAGGGAGAGAAAAGGUUGACCGAGUGCAUUGGAUCCUGUAGAGAAGCCUGGGUGCUGGGUAGACCUGGUUAUCAGGUCACUCAGUGAAAUACGCACUGUCCCUUUAAAAUACCAGUACUCCAGAGCAAGGACAUUUCUCAGGAGCUGUAGGGUGAAUAAAGGAAUGUUGAAUUGUGA